AUGUCCGUUAUCAAGUGCAUUGUAGUGCUAUGUGUUGCUAUUGCAGCAACAAAUGGCUUCGCCCUCGGCCCCACGCAGAUCGUCUUCCAUUUAUACACGAGGUCGAACCCUGAACUGAGUCAGCCUCUGUUGCCUUCUGAGGCAUCCAUCAUGAAUUCUUCAUUUCAACGCUCGAAGCGCACCAUCAUCACAAUUCACAAUCAUAGACAAUCCGUUGGUGGAAACUUUAACGCUUUUGUAAUUCCGGCUCACCUUGGUGCUGAGGACGUAAAUGUGAUCGCCGUUGACUGGAGCCCCGGAGCGUCCUCGUACACCUUUGCACUCAGCAAUGUCCCACAGGUUGGAAAUGUCAUCGCCCAAUUUGUAAACAUUCUCACAAACUUCGGAUACAGCACUGAAAACAUUCGUAUAGUUGGUGUCGGUCUAGGAGCUCAUGCUGCUGGUAUUGCAGCUAGAAGAAUCCAAGGAACCAUCCCUCAUGUUGUCGCUCUUGACCCCUCUUUAAUCGGCUGGACUCAUCAUCCUGAUAUCCUGAAUAAGAAUGACGCUAAUAUUGUUGAAGUAAUCCACACAACAUCUGGUGUUUAUGGCUACGAUAAGCCACUCGGUGAUAUUGAUUUCUAUCCUAACGGGGGUACCGUCCAAACUGGUUGUGGAACUGAUACUACAUGUUCCCACACCUACGCAUACGUUUUUUAUGCUGAAUCGAUAACUGCUGAAGCUGCUAAUGGGAACAAGUUCGUCGGAACUGCUUGCGAAUCAUUGGAAGAAGCCUCGACAUUACGUUGCACUGGCGAAAAGAAUGCUAUAUUCGGUGGAACCAAUACUAAGACUAGUGGUAGCGGCAUUUAUUUGUUCCUGACCAACAUUCAGCCACCCUUCGCUAGGGGUUGAAGUGGAG